GUCCGACCGCGCAGGCGCCGCUUCCGGGCCAACAUGGCGGCCGCGUUGCUGCUGCUGCGCGCCCUCCGCCCGGGCCGGGCCGCGGGGUCCGGGCCACUGCGGGGCCCCUGCUCGGGCUGGAGCCUAGGCCUCUCCCUCGGGGCCGGAAGGAGGUGCCGGCACUUCGUCCACAGGCCUGCGAUCCGGCUCCUGGGGGCCGGAGGCCACGCCAAGCAGAGUUUGCAGCUGUGCCUGCGAACCCCAACCGUUGAAGGGUUCAGUGGAUUGUUGUUGAAACAGCAUCUAGUCCAGAAUCCAGUCAGACUCUGGAAACUCUUAGGUGGCAGUUACUAUUUUAACACCUCCAGGAUGAAGCAGAAGACGAAGGACAAUGAUAAAUCUAAGGGGAGGACCCCUGAAGAUGAUGAAGAGGAGAGGAGACGCAAGGAGAGAGAGGACCAGAUGUACCGCGAGCGGCUGCGCACCUUGUUUGUCAUCGCCGUGAUCAUGAGCCUGCUGAACGCGCUCAGCACCAGCGGGGGCAGCAUUUCCUGGAACGACUUUGUGCACGAGAUGCUGGCCAAGGGCGAGGUGCAGCGCGUGCAGGUGGUGCCUGAGAGCGACGUGGUGGAGGUCUACCUGCACCCUGGAGCUGUGGUGUUCGGGCGGCCUCGGCUGGCCUUGAUGUACCGGAUGCAGGUGGCGAACAUCGACAGGUUUGAGGAGAAGCUCCGAGCUGCUGAAGACGCCCUGAGUAUUGAGGUCAAGGACAGGAUCCCGGUUUCCUAUAAGCGGACGGGAUUCUUUGGAAAUGCCCUCUACGCCUUGGGGAUGACCGCCGUGGGCCUGGCCAUCCUGUGGUAUGUGUUCCGUCUGGCUGGAAUGACAGGAAGGGAAGGCGGACUCAGUGCUUUUAAUCAGCUUAAAAUGGCUCGUUUCACAAUUGUGGAUGGCAAGAUGGGGAAAGGAGUCAGCUUCAAAGAUGUAGCAGGAAUGCACGAAGCCAAACUGGAAGUCAAAGAGUUUGUGGAUUAUCUGAAGAGUCCAGAGCGCUUCCUUCAGCUUGGCGCCAAAGUCCCAAAAGGUGCACUGCUGCUCGGGCCCCCCGGCUGUGGGAAGACACUUUUGGCCAAGGCGGUGGCAACAGAGGCCCAGGUGCCGUUCUUGGCAAUGGCCGGUCCAGAGUUCGUGGAGGUCAUUGGAGGCCUUGGCGCUGCCCGCGUGCGGAGCCUCUUCAAGGAAGCCCGGGCCCGGGCUCCCUGCAUCGUCUACAUUGACGAGAUCGACGCUGUGGGCAAGAAGCGCUCCACCACCAUGUCUGGCUUCUCCAACACGGAGGAAGAGCAGACACUCAACCAGCUUCUGGUGGAAAUGGACGGAAUGGGCACCACCGACCAUGUCAUCGUCCUGGCAUCUACCAACCGAGCUGACAUCUUGGACAAUGCUCUGCUGAGGCCGGGCCGACUGGAUCGACACGUCUUCAUUGACCUUCCCACGCUGCAGGAAAGGCGGGAGAUUUUUGAGCAGCACCUGAAGAGCCUGAAGCUGACCCAGGCCAGCAGCUUUUACUCACAGCGUCUGGCAGAGCUCACGCCGGGGUUCAGCGGUGCUGACAUCGCCAACAUCUGUAACGAGGCCGCGCUGCACGCUGCACGGGAAGGGCACACGUCCGUCCACACGUUUAACUUCGAGUACGCUGUGGAACGGGUCAUUGCUGGGACUGCCAAAAAGAGCAAGAUCCUAUCAAAGGAAGAACAGAAGGUGGUUGCGUUUCAUGAGUCGGGCCAUGCCCUGGUCGGCUGGUUGCUGGAGCACACCGAGGCCGUCAUGAAGGUCUCCAUUGCACCACGGACAAAUGCAGCGCUGGGCUUUGCUCAGAUGCUUCCGAGAGACCAGCACCUCUUCACCAAGGAGCAGCUGUUUGAGCGCAUGUGCAUGGCCUUGGGUGGCCGCGUGUCCGAGAACAUCUCCUUUAACAAAGUCACUUCUGGGGCUCAGGACGACCUGAGGAAGGUCACACGCAUUGCCUAUUCCAUGGUGAAGCAGUUUGGGAUGGCUCCAAGCAUCGGGCCCGUCUCCUUUCCCGAGGCGCAGGAGGGUCUCACAGGCAUUGGACGGCGCCCCUUCAGCCAGGGCCUGCAGCAGAUGAUGGACCACGAAGCGAAGCUGCUGGUGGCAAAGGCCUACAGGCACACGGAGAAGGUGCUGCAGGAAAACCUGGACAAACUGCAGGCGCUGGCGAAUGCCCUGCUGGAGAAGGAAGUGAUAGACUACGAGGAUAUCGAGGCCCUCAUCGGUCCGCCACCUCACGGGCCCAAGAAGAUGAUCGCUCCUCAGAGGUGGAGUGACGCGGAGAGGGAGAAGCAAGACGUGGGGGAGGAGGAGGCAUCUCAGCAGCCCCCACUUCGAGGGGAGGAGCCGUCUUAGCCCAAGUAGUGAGUCCUCCUCGAUUGUGCCUCGGGACGUGGCGUUCCUGCCGGACGCGGGAAGGGAACGCCUUACUCAGACCCACUGAGACUUGUACCUCCUCGCAGCCCUCACUGGUCUCUGAAGGGCUUCUGAGAUCUCUUUACUGACUUCCCUCCCUGUGAGUAGUAAACGUCCCUGCAGACGGUUUAGCUGUUUGUAGAUCAUUUUCCCCGUGGGGAGGGUUAUCCGUGCUGGGUGCAGGUGCGCAUGUGGAUCUCAAGCUCCCAGGGUGGUGACGCUGUCGUUUUGUGGGUGCUGGGUAGAUCCAGGGGCAGCGCAGCAUGCGGGCCCCGAGGAGCUUGUUCCUUCCUGCCUGGGGCGUGUGCGGGGGCUGUGUCUUCAGUUCCUCUGACUUCGUCGGAGUGCUGACGGCAUCUGCGGCGAAAGGCCCCCCUGAGCUGCCUGCUGCUGUCCUCCCUCGCUGGGCCCUGUCCCUGUGCUCAUGCACCCACGGGGUCAGCGCCGGGGACAGCACUGGGCUCUAGAGCAGGAAAACACUGCCACCUGCUGCUGUAUGGAGGCGAGCAUGACAGCCUCUCUUCACGGGUCUGGCCUCCGCGUGCUGGUGGGGAGGGGACAGACAUCCUGAGACCUGCUGCGGUACUUUCUAGUCAAAUUAUGUGCGUGGAAAGUCCGUCUUUGCACCACACGACCAGCUGUAACCCGAAAAAGGGUCAUGUGUUUCGGUUUGUGAUUUCAGCCACAUGAUAACCGGUUGAAGAGCCCCUUUUGUAGGAAUCUGGGGUAGAGGCCCUAGGACACCCCCUCACUACAGCAAGUGGGGUGCACUUGGCUCCUUGUCCCCAGGGGUGUGCAGCACGCACUCAGGUGCUUGCACCUGCUGCUCUCAUAGCUUCUGCCUUCCCUGCAGUGGCACUUCCUGACAGAAUGGGGUGUUCUGCUGCCCGUCCCACAGCCAAUGGCAGCAUGUGGGCAGGUACAGGUCACACCUGAGGGAGGGCAGCUCCGACAGGGCACUCGUGCAUUGACCCUAGUUCCCCAUAUUUGUUUCCAAAGAUGGGGAUGUGUUUAGGAGGGCUCUGGUCUCUGUGCCCAGGCCGGCACCCUCGGUACCCUAACAGUGGAUGUGGUCAAGCUCAUCCCCCCUGUACUUGACCAUUAAAGUGGCCUUUGCCGUGUGCCCGAAGAUACUUAGGAAUUGAAUGUAAAUGGCAUGGAAAGUGGCCCCCUCACCCCAGUGGAGACCAGUGCAGCCUGUCUCCCUAGCACUCACAGGUGUGAGCAGGCUCACAGCCACGCCGGGAGGGAAUCUCUGUGCUGACUGGUAGAAGCCAGGUGUUUGCAAACUUUGGUCCUCCAACUGGUCCUAAGUGAUGUCACCUCCAGGUCAUCAGAUAUCUGGUACUCAAGAAGAGUGCCAGAAGUUCUACUCCCCCCGCUACAUCCUCAUGGACUGAGCCUGCCUCUCACCUCCCAUAAGGAGCCUUCUCCAACUGCACGUGGGUCCCUGAGCAGCCAGACCACACUGGGCAGCCUGUGUGCUCAACGCUCGAGCUGCAGCCCUGACCCUCUGCCCUCCCCCCAGCACAGCUGGUAUAACACGGCCUGACUGUAGCUUCUGGAACACACUGAGAAGGACACAUUUUUGUUUGUUUGUUAGUAAUCUCUAUACCCCAACGUGGGGCUCAAACUCACAACCUGGAGAUCAAAAGUCACAUCCUCUUCUGACUGAGCCAGCCAGGCACCCCGAGAAAGACAAACGACCUGGAGAUCAAAAGUCACAUGCUCUUCCGACUGAGCCAGCCCGGCGCCCCGAGAAAGACAAAUGCUUUUUAAGUAAACACGUAUAUUUAAUGCAAUCAUCCUCAGAAGACAGGAAAGUACUAAGAGAAAUUAACAUAUGUUCUUAAAUUAUAUAAACUGUCCUCCAUUGUAAUGUAUACUCAUCAACAAACGCUUAUGAUCGUUUUGUUAUGCUCAUUCAAAGCUUAUUUUUUGUUUUGGUAUAAAUGAUACACACAUUCGUUUCAGGUGCACGAUAUAACGAUGCAACGUUCAUGCGUAUUGCAGAAUGAUCACAAUGAGCCUAGUUAACAUAGGUCAUCAUGCAGGUAUUUUCUACGGUGAGAACUUCUAAGAUCGUACUCUAAGCAACUUUUAAAUAAAACAUUUAUGAUUAUAAUUCUAAGGUUCUCCCUGUCGCCUUUCACUGACCUCAAGCGCUCCUGCAGGUUAGGGGACUGAGUUAGCCUGCAGCUGAUCUUUGUGUAGGCCACGACUCUGGACGGCUGCGAUGCUGGAGGCGUAGGGGUUCUGUGAUUAAGCAGCAAACAUCAUCCUGUCCUUUAGCUGUUGUCGGACUACGGCUUUUCCUAACUCAACGUAUUUAUAUGCCAUAUUUAUACGACACAGCAUGCUAACUUUUGCAUGGUGUUUUGGGAUAUAUCUUUUAGCCCCCCAAAACACGAUAAAAUCACUUUGCUGCUAUGAUAUUAAUUUAAGAACUCAAGGUGUAUGUCUGAGAGGGCUCCACACACUACUACUGACUGUUUAAGUGGGAUUUCUUUGAAGCCAACACCCGCAGCACCAGCGGCAGGACACCAGUCAGGUAGGUACAGGUACUGAAUGAGCAGGCUCCGCUGUGAGGAACGAGCUCAGUCUUGCAUGGCAAUUCUGGGAAACUGUCCCGAGCUCCUCCCACACCUUCAGGGGUGUCCACCCAGGAAUCGCUGGCCACCUUGAGUGCAGUUCCCAGGGGCAUUAGCGAGCUCUUUCAGUGGCCCUUGCAGGCCAAAGUUGGGGACAAAAGCCUGGAGCAGAGCCGUGGCUGUGGAAAUCUGUGCCUAGGACAGGGCCUGUCCCUAUAGCUACUGAUUUCUAAAAUGCUUGAGCCAGCCAAGUCUUUGUAUCAGAAGGACUCCUGCUUAACGGUUGAUAAAGUUCACUCUUCUUUCCCAAGGAGAAAGCCGAGCCUGUCCCCAGCAGGAUUUCACAUCAGAACCAGUUUCACCUCACUAUUCUGCGCACUUUCCAAAGGAAGUGAGUGUGUGGAGUAUUCAAGCAUGGGAUACUGAAAUCUGCAUCUGGCAUGGUGUGUGUGCUGGAGACCAAGAUUUUUGAAUUACAACUUCACUUUCUUACCGCUAACUUGAUUCUGAGCAGUGUUUCUAUUUUCAGACCUCUGUCCCCCAACCAGUGACCGAUGGCCACAUCUUAACUAUGAGCGGCUGGAGCUCAGGUGGAGAUGUGGGUCAGGGCAGAUGGAACUGCAUGAGUCCGGGAGUCUGUCUAGAAAGAAACUGGGGGUAGGGAUAGGAAUGUGUUUGAGAUUAGUAAGAGCAAUGAUCCACUGAAAGGGGUCUGAGAAAGAAAUGGGAGGUGCACGCUACCAUUUGAUAGAUUGUAUUCAAAGAAAUAUGGCAUGGGCCAAGGCAAGUGUUUAUUCAACAAGUGUUUUCUCCAGCAUCACUCUGCUGCAGUUACGCUGCCACAAUAGAGUGUGGGUUCAAGCUCCGGUGCCACUCGAAAAAAGUGAAAUCAGAUGGGGGAGAGUCCCUCUCAAGGUUUCCGUGAGGACUGAAUGAGGGACCACCCGCUCUCUUCCAUGCUCCUCUCCUGAACCGCCUUUGCCACAGCGGAUCCUAGCACGUCACACGGAAGCAGAGAUGUGUGUGGUUAUCUUGUGCUGGGCGCUGUGCUCUGUUCUGUGGCCUGAACACAGCCAGUCGUCCCGCUUCACAGAAGGGAAAAGAUAAAUAACGUGCCCAACACCUCGAAACUAGUACAAACGUAGAACCCAAGCCAACUCCACAGCCACUUUCUUAGUGACUGGUCACUGACCCUCCAGGUUAGCCCAUCUGCGCUCAUGAAAGUGGCAGAGACCAAAGAGAUUUUAAACUUCACCUUCACUUCACGGACACAUACCGCUUCCAAGUUUGUGAGAGGCGCUUUCGCUAACAGCGUCGCAUUUGCUAACAACUGUUGCUGGGGCGCCUGGGUGGCUCAGUCGUUAAGCGUCUGCCUUCGGCUCAGGUCAUGGUCCCGGAGUCCUGGGAUCGAGCCCUGCAUCGGGCUCCCUGCUCGGUGGAGUCUGCUUCUCCCUCUGCCCACACUCCCCCUGCUUGUGUUCCCCCUCUGUGUCUCUGUCAAAUAAAUAAAAUCUUAAAAAAAAAAAAAAAAAAAACACAACUGUCGCUAAAGCAGGCCUGAUCUAGUCCUUGUUUCCUCACUGAACAGAUAUUUAUUAAAAGCAGGGCCGGGGGGCGCCUGGGUGGCUCCGUUGGUUAAGCGACUGCCUUCGGCUCAGGUCAUGGUCCUGGAGUCCCGGGAUCGAGUCCCACAUCGGGCUCCCUGC